AGCUGCGCGCAGUCAGUGCUCGGUUGGCGCUGUGGUCGUGCGGGCGCGCUCCGAACCACGCCGAGUGCCUCCUCUCCUCGAGAGCCCCGCCGCGCUCCCUUCCGAUCCCCCUGGGCCCUCCCCGACUCCCGCCACCCGAAGAACGCGCAGUGUGUCCGUCUCCCGCAUCCCGACUCCUCCGUGUUCGUGUGCUACUCUCGUGUGUUACUGCAACAAUAGUGUGUCUGCGAAACGACGCGGCAGCGACCGACUUCGGAAACCCGACGCUGCCGCGAUUUUCGAACGACAUCACAGUGUUGUCGCUGUCUUCCGAAGACAACGUCGGCCGUUGGAAACGUAAGGGAGGCGGCGGCCGUGCCGGCUGGACGCAGCCGGGCUCUGGGGGUUCCUGCGGACGCGCUACUAGAAGCUGCUCCACGAGGACCACCCGGGGCAGGUGACGAUGAAGCCUGCUCUGCUGACAAGUGUCGCCGCAGCGCGGCAUGGGAGAUGAGUGCGAGGUGUGCGCGGGGGCGGGUCCCGGCCCUCCGCCCCCGCAGUUCCUGGUGCCGCCACCACCGCGGCCGCCCUUCCUGCCGGACGACGAGCACUGCCUCCAGGAGGACCAACUGCCCUCCGACGUCUGUGAUGCCCUACCUGUGAUAGACGCGGAGCUGCACAGCGGCCCCGCGCUGCCGUCCCUGGCUGUGAUAGCGGUCAGCUCCGCCAUCCUGGCCGCCGUCGUCCUCAUCGCCGGCGUGCUCGUCUGGAAGUACAAGCGGAAACCGCCUGUUCUGAUGCCGUGCAAGCCAUCGGCGCAGGGCAUCGAUCCAGGGACCAUGGGCUACGACGACCUGCCCGGCGCUCACGUGGCGGCGAGGCAGAUGCGCGCAGCUGCGGCUCAGCACCCGCCGGAGAUGAUCGACAUGAAGCCGAAUGUUGUCUACCCAAAUGGCUAUAGGGGUCCUGAGGAGCCAACGGUAUUCAUCUGUUCAGAUCCGUACAGCAAAGAAGAACUGUACAACCCCGUCUACCAGGAGCUGUCGCCAGUGUCGACGGAGCGCGGAGAGUCUGACCUGGAGAGCGAAAUUCCGGUGUCGGAGGACGACUUCGCUGAGGACGAGCUGAGCCUGGGCGAGGUCGGUCCGCGCCGCCACCACCACCCGCAUGGUGCCCACCAGCACCAGCACCACCCCGCCCAGGGCCACCACGGGCGCGUUCCGCCCCCACCGCCCCCGCACAGGCGGGCGCCGCCGCCUCCACAUCCGGCUCUCGCCGCUGGCGUGCCGCCAGUGCCCUUCCACAACAGGCCGGACCACAGGCGCCACGGAGGCGGCGGCGGCGGGGGCGGCAGCGGCAGCGGCGCGGGCAGCGACUUCCACGAGGGCCUGCUGGUGGACGCGCUGCUGCAGCACCAGCAGCCGCUGACGCUGUCGGCGAGCCAGCACUACGCGUCGGCGCCCUGCUACCGCCUGGGCAAGCCGCCGCCGGAGGGCGCUCUCGCCGAGACCAGCUUCUCCACGUUCCGACCCCAGCACGCCACCAGCCACGACUCCGACUCUGGCUACAGCCACAACACGUCCAGCGGUCACCACGGACCCCGCAGCGCCACCGGCAGCCUCAAGAUGUCCUAGGAGCGCCCGCCACUGCUGCCCUCUGCCGCCUCUAGAGGGAAGCACAGUGGCCGUGGCGACCGAUACCCGAUACCGCUUCGAUACGGACGACUGAUCGACACGGGGCUCUUCAUGUCCCUCGACUUACGGACUUCAUCAAGAAGCAGUUUCGGGAGAACUAAGUUCCCUUCUCUAGUUGUUACGUCAGUUGUCAAGAUGAUUGUACGAACUUCGCCAGUCUAGUGAAUACCUGUACAGCGUCUGCUACCAAACAAUUGCAGGAGCACCAACGUCUUUCGAUGUUUCUGCGUCGAUAAUUUAUCACAGUGAUACUUCUGUGUCCUUAAAUGAAAUAAAACUUCCGCAAUAAUCACUUUUGUAUUACGAACGUACUGACCGCACACAUUUCAAGAAAACGUAUAACAAUAUCCUGCCUUAAUAAUGGAUCAUUUAUUAAUCAUUAUACUGUGUUUUAUCAGUUGAUUAUUUUUUACAAUCCUAAAAACGUUAAUUGUCUGAGCGCUACUAUUUGGUGGCUCAUUGCUUCACGUCUACUGUUCCGUGUAAGAGUAAGAAGGAAUGUCGUUACAUGCACCUUUGCAACUUUUCCCAACAGUGCAGCUCUGUGGUAAACGUGAGACUCUCGAUGAAAUUCCAGUUGCCUAGUGUACAACGAUACGUGUUACAUAAAAAAAAAUUAUGCUAAUUCAUAUCUUACAGAGCAGUGACCAUCGGUUUAAAACUAUAAUAUCCAAGGAGUUUGAUAGUUCUAAAGAGAGUACUCGUUUAAGUGCACAACGAAUGUCUGAUGCACUUUCAUAUGACAAGACCAAUGAAAAUCGCUAUUACUAUACAAUAAUUUGAAUUACUUUGUUUUUAAUGGGUUAGACCCGAUACUAAAAUCAUUCUUCAAAAUAUCGACCACAAUUAGAAACUCCAGAAAUAACGUGGUAACUUUUACACACAUAAAAAAGGUAUGUCUUUCUAGUCAGUAGCUGUGUGAUAUAACUUACUACUUUGAUUAAGCUGAGAGCAUCCUUAAUUUGUUCGCUGGAAGUCACAAUUUCUACUACAUUUACGUUAAUUAGUAAAAACAGGCGCAAUGUGUGUUCUACACUCAAAUGCUACAUAAGCCUUCACGGCACGGAUCCAUCAGUCAGAAACGUGUGUGGUAUUGAGUCUAUCACUGUAACACUGUAAGACUUUUUUAUGUUUAUCCUGGUUCCACUACAUAAUAGGUGGACAACUGUUAUGUAACGCUAUGUCUGUUUAUGUGUGUGUUAAUGUGAAAGUGUCAUGGUUUGACCUCGAAAUGCGAACGAUCUUACAUUCACUCACUUUCACAGAUACAACUUUCUGUGUACUGGCAGCAGCUACCAUAACUGUCACUGCGCCAAUACAAACAAAACAUAUUUCAGACACCGAAAUUGUGUCGUCCAAGUUCAAUGACGAGCUGAAGUACUGAAUUUUAAUAGUUUGGAUGCAUUGCCUGCGUUUCACAUAUCUGAGUAUGUAUAACGGCUACAAAAUCGGCUAAGUGAUCUGCGGUUACUGGCACAAUAUUGUUUAAGCAAUUGUCUCUUGUGCCUAGUAUUCAUAAGUGUCUCACUGCCAAAUAUACCGUUACAUGUGUUGUUGCAAUUCAACUAACGACUAUGAACCUAGAAUUAGUUGCUUUCCGCAAGGUGUUUUAUCCUUGGGGAACAUGAUUUAUUAUGUUGCCUGUAAAUAUAUGGGAAAUGUAAGUUUGGACAAUAUUAGGUAACGAACCGAGUGCACAAUUUCGAAAUGAGACAGAUAUAUCAAAUCGCAUUUGUGUCUUUUUUUCAAGAGAGACUUUAUCCAGAUAUUUGAAAAAACUCGAUAACGUAACGUCUUACUUCCCUCUUCCAGUUUCAAAUAGUUAGCAGCUAAGUUACGCUUUGGUUGCAUACCUUUGCGUAGAAAAAUCUUAACAGUCUAAAAUAGAAAGGGAGUAGUAAACACUGGAACUCUGACACUACCUCACGGCUAGAACGUUUCUCACAAUAGCUCGAGUCUUUUAGUUGCCAUUGCGCAAACACGGGCUUGCUUCUGUUUCUUCAGUAAUUCUGGCUUUCCAGAAAUUAAAUUGUCUCUUAUUAUGUGGUUUCAAGUUCUGUGGGGACCAGAAUCUCUCCUUUAAAACGGGUGACAAUUAAUGAGACAGGUGAUAACCUUCAAUCCGAACAAGCUGCGUAUUCUAUAAAAGCAUACUGUUUAUCCCAAUGGUAUUCCGUUACAAAAGAAUCCACAGUAAACCUCAAGAAUAAAUUAUUGUAGAAAAGCUUUGUUAUAGUUUUGACACAAACAUUUAAGUGCAGUUAGAUUCAAUGAACUUACCUGUUUCUUCUCGAGCUUAUCAUGUUAUAGCAAUACGAACUGUAUCAUUAGGCCACAUGUAAGGGAUAUAGCCAACAUAAGUAUUAAAUAAGCUCUGCGGUAAUUGUAAUCUGUGGAAAGAAAGAAAGAGUUUCAAAAUUUAAUUUUUCGAUAUGAUGCGUUAAAAUGAAAUUGAUAUUUUGGUAUUUCGAUAUUUCACCCAAAUUUAAGAAAGCGUCAUACGUAUUAAAGCAUUUAGUUGAAUAUCUUCGUAUACAUGUACAGACAAUUUAUCCCCGUAUAGAGAAUGUUUGUUAAGCUACAUACGAUAUUAUGCUAGUCAAAGAUAUGUAUUUUGGUAUGUGGUGUUUGUAAAGGUAAAGACCAAGGCUGACUGAGUGACUGCGAAAUAAAGAAACUGUUCUUGAUA